AUGGCUGCCGCCGCAGCCUCCGAAACCAGUCCUCUCCUCUCCGAGCCCCAAUCCCCAUCUCAGCCCAAUGAACCCUCACCAACCUCAACAUCAGCCUCAGAGCCAACAUCAAAACCAAGCGCCCUACGAUCAAUAGUAGCCGCCUUCACAAUACACCUCCUCCUCAACAUCGCCACAAACAUCGCACUCACCCCACAAACCGCUAUUCUCCAAGACAUCGUCUGCCGACAGUUCUACCAGGACGUGGACUCUCUCAACGGCACGACACCCCCAGACAGAUGCAGCGUCGUCCCCGUCCAAAGCGAGGUCGCCUACGUGAUAGGAUGGGAGGCAGCGAUAGAAAAUAUCCCGAAUAUGCUGUUGGCGGUACCAUUCGGAGCACUGGCCGAUAGAGUGGGCAGGAAGAAGAUUCUCCUGGUGGCCAUUUUCGGCAUGUUUAUGAACGAUGCGUGGAUCAGGCUUGUUUAUUGGUUUCCAGAUGUAUUUCCCGUGAGGGCCGUUUGGUUCGCCGGGCUGUGGCAGGCAAUUGGUUCUGGGGCCGCGACAUUAUCUUCCAUUACCCAUGCUUUGGUGGCGGAUGCGUGUCCCGAAGAACAAAGGACAUCGGCAUUCUCCCAAAUUCGAUCUGCCAAACUUCUCUCCCAGCUCGUCUUCGUGCCUAUCGGAGGGGCGCUCAUCUCGCUCAAUCCCUGGAUCCCCAUGUUUAUAUCUACUGGCUUCAUGAUUUCGGGCUUCAUUGCUGCUGUGCUUCUCGUACCAGGGAACUGGCCGGCAGAAACUGCUCGUAAUAGCGAACGACAGCGCCUCCUCGACGAUGAAUCUAGCAUCGAGGCGCCUGCCAAGACUAAAUGGUAUAGUUGGACGAGCGUGACGUCCAAGAUAUCACAGCUAGCGGACUGGGCAGCGGAAAACUCUCGACUACUGCCCCUUGUUUUGUCAUUUUUUGUAUUCCAGCUGGGUGAGCAGGCUGGGCUUACACUUUUGCUUCAGUAUGCUGCGAAGCGACUGGACUGGACGCUGAGCAAGGCCUCAUUCCUCAUCUCCGUUCGUGCAGGCGUCAACAUGGCCGCCCUCGUUGUUCUCGUUCCAGCGAUUUCCGCCAUCCUGCUAACUACGUACCACCUCUCCGUGAUGAAGAAGGAUAAGCGCAUAGCCCAAGGAAGCGGACUCUUACUCGUCUUAGGCUGCUUGAUUGUAUUCCAAGCAACGUCGUCUAUAUCCAUGGUCCUGGGUCUAGUACUCAUAUCUGUAGGAGAUGUCUUCGCCAUCCCCGUGAGGAGUCUGGCGACUGGUCUUGUGGAUCCAACGCAUCUGGGCGUGUUGUACACUGUCAUUGAGGUCAUGACACAGAGUGGCCUGUUUAUAGGUCAGCCAAUGCUGGCUGGCACGUUCCGAUGGGGAUUGAAGCUCGGCGGAUUUUGGAUAGGCAUGCCGUUCUUGUUCGCGGGUGCGUUCUUCACGCUGGCGUUGAUUGCUGUGUCGACGAUGCCCAGUAGUCGACGGCUCUCAUCCCGGGAGACGAUUUAG